UCGUCCUUAAAUUUAUAAUAAUGUUUUGAGCUCGUUCUGAAGUGCGAUGCUGGAUAAGUUAAUAACAAAUUAAGUCAAAAUAAUAGUUAAUCUAUAUGAAAAUGAGCAGUGAUGAAAAAGACAGCAACGAUGAUAUUUGGGAGCAAAUUCAGGAACAAAAAUCCAUGCAACGAUCCGAUGUUGCCGAAGAAACUGAUCCAAGUCGAAAGAUGUUGAAAUCUUGGCUGAACAACACAUUUCGGAUAAAAAUGACCGACGGGAGGAUACUGAUCGGUAUGUUUGUCUGUACGGAUGCCGAUGCGAAUGUGAUUCUUGGCCUGACCAGCGAAUUCACGGAGAACGGCGGCGAAGAGCGGGUACUGGGACUGGUCAUGAUUCCCGGACGGUACAUCGUUUCCAUCGAACUCGAUGAAGCCAAUCUAGUCAAUGCGAAUUAGGUUGAAAGCAAUAGAAACAACUUAUUUAUUCAAACUGUACAUUCAUGAUUAGAACUUGAUUAAUAAAUCACUCAUUUCAAACUAA